AUGGGUGACUCCUACGCCACCGCCUUCCCCAGCGCCCCGGGGCUGCUCUCGCCCUCCGCCAGCCCCCAGGCCUCCCCCGGCCCCUACGGCCCCGACUACGGCCCCUUCGGCCACCCCUUCCCGGCCCCCUCGGGCACCCAGGAGGUGCUGGGAGCCCCCGUGGUGGUGACAGCCAAGGGACACCCCCCUGGCGACUGCCUGCCGGGGGUCUACCCCUCGCUGGAGAUGCCGCAUCCCUACGGCUCCUGGUACAAGGGCGGCAUCGGCGGGGGGCUGCCGGGGGGCUCGGGGCCGGCGGCCCCUUCCUGGUGGGACGUGCACCCCAACGGGGGCUGGCUGGGGGGGCCCGCGGGCGCCGAGGGGCUGCAGGGCUCGCUGCAGGGCCAGCCCACCCUCAGCCCCCCGCUGCCCACCUACGGCUCCGACUUCGGGGCUCUGAACCCCCCGCCUUACACCAACCCCCCCGCCGCGCCCCCCGCCCCGAAGCCCAACCCGGGCGAGGCCCCGAAGGGUCCCCGCGGCGGCUCUUUAGGGGGUCGCCCGGCGUGCGAUUGUCCCAACUGCCAGGAGCUGGAGCGGCUGGGGGGGCCGGGGGGGGCCCGCAGGAAGCCGGUGCACAGCUGCCACAUCCCGGGCUGCGGGAAGGUGUACGGGAAAGCCUCGCACCUGAAGGCUCACCUGCGCUGGCACACGGGCGAGAGGCCCUUCGUCUGCAACUGGCUCUUCUGCGGGAAGCGCUUCACCCGCUCCGACGAGCUGGAGCGGCACGUCCGGACCCACACGCGGGAGAAGAAGUUCACCUGCCUGCUCUGCAGCAAACGCUUCACCCGCAGCGACCACCUCAGCAAGCACCAGAAGACCCACGCGGACCCCGGCCCCCCCAAGCCGCCCCCCGGCACCGAGCAGCCCCCGCCCGCCGCGUCCCCCCGCCAGCCGCCCGCCUCUCCCGGCAAAGACGCCGGGAGUCCCGAAGCCGGGAGUUUGUUGGAGAUUUGAGCCUUUCAUCCUUCCAUCCUCAUCCUCCUCCGCGCCGCUGGGGAUAUUUAUUAUGGGGUGCUGCCCCCACCCCCACUUCUCCCCAAAUCUCCCCCUAUCCCCCCGCCCCCCAAUUCCUCCCCAGCUCCUCGUUAGCCGUUGUAAUUUAUGUCUUAAAUUAUGGGGGGGCUCUCCGAGCGCUCUGGGGCUCACUGGGGGGGUGUCAAGGUGAGACCCCUCCCUUCUUUCUCUUCCUCU